AUGCUUACAAACAAGACGUUUCAUGACACCUACGAAAAGCACAACAUGUUCACACAGCACUUAGAUCAAGGCACUGACAAAUCAUCCUCCUUCCACAAACAGCUCCGGCUUCUUAGCAGCCAAUCCCUCUCUCCUAACGCCGUCGGCAGCUGGGCAAGGACCUGCCAGUUCUUCAGCUCCUGCCCCGAAGAAGUCCCUCUGGUACAAAGCCAGGUUAGGAGAAGGGAAGGCGCUGAAGAAACGCGAGAACAAACUAAGCAACGACCAAAGCAUUCGCUACACGAAGUGGAGGAGAGCCCAGCAACGCCGCAGCACCCACAGCGCCGAACCCCCGAGGCAGGAACGAGCCUUCGGCUUCUGACGGGCUGGAGAGGAGCCAUCGGCCCGUCCCCACCGUGCCUGCUGACCUCGUCUCUCACUGCCGCAUCCACACGGUUCUUGAACGCCGCCGGGGACGGUGACUGCAGCACCUCCCUGGGCAGCCUGUGCCGUUGCCUUACAGCUCUGUAUGAGAAGAAAUUUCUCCUAAUAUCCAACCUGAACUUCCCCUGGUGCAAUAUGAUGCCACUCCUGCUCGUCUCAUCGCCGCUGUCUGACCACGUCUGGCAGUAAGAUGCCGGCAGCUGGGCAAGUUGUGCACCGUGUUUCACAAAUCAUUCUAUAGCAUAACCAUGCAUCUGUAAUUUUUUUUCCUCUGUUCUCUGAGAUGUUUCAGUCU